GUUGGCAGUUUGGGUGUUGGGCGCCCGGCGGCGACCAUCUGAAUCUGAUCCCACCGCGUCCGGCCCAGUUUCCAGAUCAGGUGGCUCUGAUUCGACAGUUUCCGGCUCGGAUCUGAGGUCAGUCGUCGGAGGAAGCAACAAAUCGAAGCAGGGAUAUGGCUAAGCGGGCGCAGGGACAGGAGAAGAAGCAGGAAAACAAAAGGUCACGGCCUGAUCACAAACACCACCUCUAUCUGGUGCUGGAUGACUGGGACAGCGGGUUCAGCAUCCACAAGAUUGACACCGACCAAGACACUGCUGACCUCCGCCAGCCACCCGUCCUCCGCCUAGUGUCACCUGUACCUGGUAACCCAAUGUGCUUCGAUGUCCUGGGCAGAAACAUCCUCAUCGCCACAAACCCACGUUGUGGCACGGCUCCCACCCUUGUCUAUGACACGGAAAGGGCAGGACUGGCCGUCGGCCCUCCUCUCCCAGCUCCACUGCUCGGCGAUUUUCACAUCUCGGUGGCUGCUGCCGACAUGCUAUAUGCCUUGACAUACUACCACAGGAACUCCCUUGAGGUGAUGUCAUGGGCACCCACUGGUGUUGGCAAGGAGCAGGAUCCAUGGUCUCCAAGACCAACCAUGGACUGGUCCUGGACAAGUGUGCCCACGCCACCGCCAUUCAAGGAGGAUGAAUGGAUCACCUCCUACGCCAUGCACCCAGAUGGACGCACCAUCUUCAUGUCCGCGCUCAACAGGUCCAAUCUGCGAUGCCGGACCUUCUCCUUUGACACCAGGCAAUGUGAGUGGAGGUUCCAUGGGGGAUGGGCCUUGCCUUUCCAGGGCCAAGGCUACUAUGACAGCACGCUGGACGCAUGGGUUGGCCUCCACAAGGAUGGUUACAUUUGCUCCUGCCAAGUCGCCUCCCGCAGCGGUACCGAGCAGCCAGACUGGAAAAUUGUCAAGGAGAAGAAGUUGUUCCGCAGCGUCCCCGUCAGAAAACAAGCAGCCCAAGAUGCCACUCUCACCUACAUGGGCAACGCCAAGUUUUGCAUUGUGGAGUGUGUGGUGCGUGAGGAAGUGGAGUAUGAGGAUGCUUUUGGUGAUUGUGAUGGCUGCAUGCUCCUCAUAACCAAGUUUGGCCUCAAGUACAGUCAUAAGGGAGAACUGCAAACCACCAGCAAUCCCACCACCAACUCCUAUCGAGUGUCAAAGUAUAUCACCUCUUUUUCUCCUACAGCAUUCUGGAUGUAGGACUAGCUGGUUAGUUUGGUUCCCUGAUACUAUGUAUCUUCCAGUUUUUUGGAUGUAAAAUAUGGUUUGCAUCAAUAAAAAGUUUACCUCUUGGCUUGUUGAUCUAUUCUUUUUACAUGUCUGUCCUGGGAAACUUUUAGAUGCUGACAGGUUUCACGGCCUAAAAUACAUGCAAUAUAUCAUACGGUACUAAAUGUGGAAUUGUGGAUGACAGGUUCGAAUAUUUCCCCGAGAUAAACAGUAAAAGCAUUUUGUCACUGUAACUUGACCGGUAAUUUCGUAGGUCUCCUCAGCUUAGCAGUUUUUCUCAUUCUAGCAUAAAAACAAUACAUGACUAAAGUAGUGGGCCUGUGGUCAUAGCUUUCUCAAUGAAAGAUACAACAACAUAAGGUGAUCUUGUAUCUAUUGCCUGGAUUGAUCAAUUUGGCAACUAGGUGCCCUAGAUCCAUGUGUUAUUUCAGAAUUAGCAGGAUCGAACGAUCUAAUAAUCUGCCAUUUUACCUUCAUCAUAAGAUAAUAUGGAUAGAUUUGAACCAUUAUGCCUAUAACACAAGCCAUCUGCUCUCCUGUGCAACGACACUCUUGUCAGGUUAGCACCGAUACAUAGGUUCACUGAGACCUUUAUCUGCUACCUUUUCUGCCCAGGCAUAUGUAUUUUACAUCUUGAUGGAACCCUACAUUUCAACUGGCUUUGCUAAGGACAAGAAUACCACCCAUUAAAAUGCAGAGCAUAACAUGUAUACUGCCAAGAGUGCCAAGUAUGUGGUACCCUUUUGCUCUUGGAGCUGCCUUUUAGGUAAAGAAAAGCAAUUAGAACUGCCAUAAUAUCCAGUUAUUCACAUGCCAUAAGUUCGGGGAAAAAAAGGUUGUUCAUAUGAUGUGGCAGGUUAAUUUGCAAAACAUCUGCUACUUUGCAAUGGACUGAAGCAUAAAGUAAUUCCAAGAGAAGCAUGCUGUCUUGAAAUUGCGACAAUGUAGCCUAACAGGUACAUGCUUUUGCUGAUUUGGAAAUAAUAACUUCUGUCUAUGUCUUCUUUGGUAUUCUUUUCAUGAUUGCAUACGCAGGUUCAUAUCUUAGCGCACUGUGUCAUUUAUUUUAGACCAAAAGCUUCAUAUUUUUAGUCUCUUGAAUGCAGUUACAUGAAGAAAAUAGAACAACAUCAAUGUAUAGAACCAGAGUUGAUGAAUGCUCGCAAACAGACAAGAUACUGAAUUUCCACAUAGUAAAAGUGAGGUUAAUGCCAGAAACUUGUAAAGCUGUUUCCGAAGCAGAAGGGAAGA